GGACUGUAGUAAAGUAGCUGCCUUUCUCUUCUUCUUCUAAACACUUCACUGUAAGAAUAAUCAUCAGAUCUUCACUUCUCUAGAAGAUUUCAUCUUCAAGAAGAAAUGGGGUUCAUUAAAAUCCUUUUAUUAUUUUGUUGGUUAAGUGUUUUUAGUAAUAUCAUCAAUGGUUCAGUACAUGAAUACAGUUCAGAAAAGUUUAUUAGUAAAGGUAAUGCUUUUGUUUUUCAUGGUGGUAGUGAAGGUCUUUACUCUUCUUUCACUGACAAUAAUGGAACUCUCACCUCUAGCUUCAUACGUUUUGAGAAGAUAUCGUUUCGAAGACCAGAAGUUGGGAAUUUGAGCGCUGCAUUGAUUCAAGCUAUAGUAUUCGAGGUGGAAGAUAGGGAAACAAUUGGUGGUUCGGCUUAUGGUGGUCAAAGAGCUAUUUGCUGUUCUCCAGAUUUAGCAAAAUUAGGUGUCUGUCCUCCAGGAGAAAUUAUACAUCGCCCAUCAACUAAGAAUCCUUACUGGCCACAGGUUUUGCGUAUUAACUUCGAUGGAGAUGAUCUUGUGGCAACGAUGCCAUCACAAUCAAUACAGAUUUCAGAAACUGGGAUGUACAACUUGUAUUUCAUGCAUUGUGAUUCGAGUCUCCAGGAUGUAAUUAUUGAGGGAAAGACUAUAUGGAAAAACUCUACUGGAUAUCUUCCUGGAAGAAUGUCUCCUCUAAUGAGGUUCUACGGGUUAAUGUCUUUUGGAUUUGUGAUACUUGGGAUUUUCUGGUUUUCUCAGUAUGCGAUGCAUUGGAGAGAAGUUGUUCAACUGCAGAAUUGCAUAACUAUGGUAAUUACAUUGGGUAUGUUUGAAAUGGCAUUUUGGUACUUCGAGUAUGCUGAAUUCAAUGAGACAGGAGUUCGACCAACUGGGAUUACUGUAUGGGCUGUCACAUUCGGUACAGUUAAACGCACUGUUGCACGUUUAAUCAUUCUUAUGGUUUCUAUGGGUUACGGUGUUGUCAGACCUACAUUAGGUGGUCUUACAUCGAAGGUGGUUAUGCUAGGAGGAACAUUUCUAUUUGCGUCUGAAGUGCUUGAAUUGGUAGAAAAUGUUGGUGCAAUUAGUGACUUUUCUGGUUCAGCAAGGUUGUUCUUGGUUCUUCCUGUGGCAAUCUUGGAUGCAUUCUUCAUUGUUUGGAUAUUUACUUCUCUCUCUACCACACUCAAUAAGCUUCAGGCCAGACGAAUGAUGGCUAAGUUGGAAAUUUAUAGGAAAUUUACAAAUGCACUGGUUGUUGCUGUUAUUUUCUCCAUUGGUGGUCUCUUUUAUGAGCUGUUCUUUAAGGCAAAUGACGUAUACAAUGAGCGGUGGCAGACUGCAUGGAUUAUCCCAGCCUUCUGGCAAGUCUUGUCGUUCUCUGUUUUGUGUGUCAUAUGUGCACUUUGGGCACCAUCUCAGAACUCAACACGGUAUGCCUACUCCGACGAAGCAGGUGAAGAGUUUGACAAGGAGGAAAAUUUGACCCUCAUAAAACCAUCUCAAGCGGCAAGGGAUGUUCCUAUCUCACAGGAAUCGAAACCUAUACAUAUCAACAAUGGAUCAGCAGAUGAAGAUCUUGAAGAGGAAAAAAUUGAGUAGAAAUGACCAGAAUAAGUAAGUGCCAGUCUUCUUAAAAUUAAACAAGCAUUUCUAUACUCGCAGAUAUGUUAUGGUUGCAGAGAAGAAUCAAGACCUCAAACCACAAAAUUGUAAUUGAUGUUAGCCUAAAGGUUUUGUUCAUCUGUUCAUUGGUAAAUGGUGCUUUGUUUUUUCGAGUUUACACGGAACAAACGAUGAUGUGAGCAUUAGUUAGAUUUUUCUUCUUCUUCUUUUUGUUAUGUAUCUGUGCACCAUUUCAUUAACACAAUACUGAACUUGUGAUCUGUAAUUUUUCAUGUCCUAGCUCAUUUUACCACAUUCAUAGUGUAUUAAUCCAAAAAAAGUUCUGCAGUUAA